AUGGACAGUCCCGAGGUCACGUUCACUCUGGCCUACUUGGUCUUCGCCGUGUGCUUCGUGUUCACGCCCAACGAGUUCCACUCGGCCGGGCUCACCGUGCAGAACCUGCUGUCCGGCUGGCUGGGCAGCGAGGACGCCGCCUUCGUGCCCUACCACCUGCGCCGCACGGCCGCCACGCUGUUGUGCCACUCGCUGCUGCCGCUCGGCUACUACGUGGGCAUGUGCUUCGCGGCCUCAGAAAAGCAGCUCUACGUGCCCAGUCAGGCCCCGGAGGCCUGGAGGCUCUUCCUCCUGCUGGCGGUGACCCUCCCUGCUGCAGCCUGCAUCCUCACUUACCGCUGGUCAUGUGACCGUUGGGCCCACCACCCGCUGGCCCGCACACUGGCACACUAUGCCCUCCCACAGUCGGGCUGGCGGGCCGUCGCCUCCUCCAUCAACACUGAGUUCCGGCGGAUCGACAAGUUUGCCACUGGGGCGCCAGGCGCCCGCGUGAUAGUGACGGACACGUGGGUGAUGAAGGUGACCACAUAUCAUGUCCACGUGGCUCAGCAACAGGACGUCCACCUGACCGUGACAGAGUCACGACAGCACGAACUCUCACCAGACUCGAACCUGCCCGUGCAGUUCCUCACCAUUCGUGUGGCCGGCACCAACCCCUAUGUGAAGGCCUUCGAUAUCCGACUCAACUCGGCGGAGUACGGCGAGCUGUGUGAGAAGCUCCGAGCACCCAUCCGCAGUGCGGCCCACGUUGUCAUCCACCAGAGCCUGGGCGACCUGUUCCUGGAGACCUUCGCCUCUGUGGUGGAGGUCAACCCGGCCUACUCCGUGCCCAGCAGCCAGGAGCUGGAGGUGUGCAUCGGCUGCAUGCAGGCGCGCGCCGCCGUGAAGCUGGUGAAGACCUGCCAGGAAGCGGAUGCUGGGCAGUGCCAGCAGUGCUACUGCCGCCCCAUGUGGUGCCUGACCUGCAUGGGCAAGUGGUUCGCCAGCCGCCAGGACCCGCAGCACCCCGAGACUUGGCUGGCCAGCCGUGUGCCCUGCCCCACCUGCCGUGCCCGCUUUUGCAUCCUGGACGUGUGCACCAUCCGCUGACGGCUACACUGGCCUAACCCCGGGGGCGCGGGUCAGCCCCCGCCUGCUCCAGACCUCGCCCCCAUGCCUUCAGUGCCGCUGGGCGGAGCCAGUGGGAGCGGGAGCCCUGCCCUGCCCCAGGCCCCACCUUCUCAGCCAAGGGCUCUGAAAGCGCGAGAGUCCAGCAGCCCUCCC